GCAGCCUUCCGCAAAAUUUUAUUCGGAAAUUUGAAAACAAGACGUCGAGAAGAGCGCAGAAACUCACAAUUUUACACUUUGUUUCUUCAAACCUUCGCAAUCGAAAAACGGAUAAAGCACUGCGCGAUCUCCUUUAUUUUCUUUCAAAGACUUCAAGAGUGAGCAAUAUGAACCGUCAAACUGAUGAGUCUGCAGAUUCUGCCAGGAACGCGGUCUUGCAGCUUAUGAAACAAAAAGAGGCAAUCGAGGCGGAGAUAAAAUGUUUCCACGACAUCCUACGAACGAAUGGAAACGUUGGGAUGCACGGAACCCUUGUUGAUGGUGAGGAUUUUCCGAGGAACGACAUUGACGUUUAUCAAGUACGACAUGCCAGGAACAAAAUCAUCCGUUUGCAAAAUGAUCACAAGGCAGUCAUGAAGGAAAUCGAAGCUGGACUGCACAACUUCCACUCAGAGGUCAAGAAGACGGGGCCUGCCUCGACAUGCCCUUUCGAUAAAAGUCCGAGUCGCUAAAAUUUGGCAAAACGCAUUUUUCUGAGGAGCAGAUUCAGACUGGAGCCACCAGGCCUUAGUUAGAUCUACAGAUUUGGUACUGUGUGCAAGUUAAUUUUAAGUUUUGGUUGAGCAAUAAUUUUAGCCUUUGAACAUUUUCUGCAAGAUGGUUUCAAAAUUUAAAUGUUAUUCCAUGCAAUUCCAUUAUGUAUAUUGAAAUUUCUCACAUCUUCAAAGGAAAUCAUUUCCAUUUAAAAAAAUUUAACCUGACAAAAAUAUUUUAUUUGAUUUCAACAUCAGAACAUGAGUAGUUAGUGUGUAUAUAAUUGUGAUGGACUAUUCUUCAGUGUCAAUUAAUUUAUUCUUCUUCAAAAAUUCUUUUGCUUCAGCUAUGUCCUGAAAAAACAAAUAAUUAAACACAAGUUAUUAAUGA